GUUCAUAAAGGGAAGUAAUUAAAACAAAAAGCCUUUGUGAGGCAGUGCACACCACGCGCUCAUACUUUUCUCUCUCAAAAGUCACGAUUUCUAAGGCUUCUCUGGUCACCGGCAUUCAACGUCAGACUGUGAGACUGCCUCCCACCCCUCCUCUUCUUUCGGAUUCUGAGCAUAACAACGGAUUGGUAGAUCUUUGGUGACCGGAGGUGUCGUUUCUCUUCUCCGUAUCCGAGUUGCACCAUGGAUGUCAACUACCCAAAGUUCUAUUCGCUCAAGCCUAGGUACAUAUCUGGUCCUGAAGUCACUGAUGCCAUUGGAAAAGAGGAUUCUGACAUACCGGCUUCAGCUCAUCCAACUCACGUUCCGGCAUUGUGUUCCGAACGAUUGAGUUGGAUGAAAGCCAAUGAUGUGAAUCAUUCAGAGCCGUAUCAGUUGAUACGUAAUAGAAAGUUCGAGUAUCUCUCAUUUCUUCUGGAUACGAAACUGUCAAAACUAGACAAGUACCAGAAGGAUUUUGAUGAUGGGACCAACCGUGUAGCUUACUAUGCUCUUCCUUUCUUCUCGUGCUCAUCGCUGAACCAGCUAAUUAGCCUGAUGCGCCGGAUGAUCACCGUUGCUAGAUGGGCGGAAAUAGCGAGAUGCACUAGCCCUCAGGUGCUUGGUUGGGUUGUGACAGUUUCUAAGAAUCUGAUGCCGAGGUUUGAUGCGUUAUUCAUCCGCCUUCCAUCGCAAGAGGAUGAACCGGAACACUGGUGUCGAGUCUCUUCCGAACUAUACCUUGCAGCUCAGCAAGUGUUGGGAUUACUCCAACAAAUGAAGGAAGCAAGAGUGAAGCUUGCACGCAUUCAUGUAAGUCUUGGGAUUGUGCCUAGUGAUGAGGACAAGUUCAUGAUGAGGGAACUCAAAGCUGAGAUUGAAUUCUGGAGGCCUAUUGAAAGGGAGGCACUAAAGUGGAUUGGGGAGUGUUAGAAGCUUUAAAACAUAACAAGGAGAAUUAGAUUAUUGCUAUAUUCAAUGCUUUUCGCUAGUAUUUAAAACAUAACAAGGAGAAUUAGAUUAUUGCAAUAUUCAAUGCUUUUCGCUAGUAUUUUUACCGUGUUAUCAUUUGUUUUUUUUAUAUAAGUAAAGUAAGUUAGUAUA